AUGACCAAAGGCUGCUCCCGCCACAACCUCACCAAGGCCGUCGCAGUCUGGGCAGCUACCGUGUCCAACUUCACUGGCUACGACAGCAUGUGGGGCCCCCUGCGUGCCCCCGACUCGCACCACAACCUCUACCCAUCGACUCUCGACGUUCCGGCCCGCAUGAACGCGACCGUGUUCCGGAAGAUGAUUGAGGACGUCCUGCCCGACUUGACCGAAUUCAAGAUAUGGCGGGACGAGGACUUUCCCAUCAUCGUCGACGAGAAGAAGUGCUCCGUCUUCUUCCGCACCCUCGCCGAGGGCGUGUUUGAUGGGGGCCGCCCGUAUACCCAGGAGUACUUUUUGCUUCAGGAGUGGACUAGGGACGGCAAGUUAAUCCAGGAGUCGUGGGAGAUGCUAGACCCCAAUGCGAUCUGA